AUGGCGCAAUCGACAUAUGAUGAGAGAUCACCUCUACUUCCUCGCUCACCGAGCGCAGUCGAGUCUGCCAAAACCAAAGACUCUGAAAUUCCCAAUGGGGGUACAUGGGCCUGGCUACAAGUUCUAGCCGGCCAUCUUGUGGUUUUCAAUGUUUGGGGUUACAUCACCUCAUAUGGGUUCUUUCAAGAAUACUAUGUCAAAAAUUUGCAAAUCAGCCCAGCCGAUGCAUCCUCCAUUGGAGCCGUGCAGAUGUUCAUGGUCCAUUUACUUGGCACUUUCUCUGGUCGGGCAAUGGACGCUGGAUACCUCCGAACCUGCAUCGCAACAGGCUGCUUGUUGCAGGCACUAGGAGCAUUUGCUACGUCUUUUGGCACCGAGCUAUGGCAUUUCUGGCUUGCACAAGGAAUCUGCAGCGGAAUUGGCCAUGGACUCGUUUUCAGCCCAAUGAUCUCGUUAUACUCGACUUGGUUUACUACUAAGCGAGUCAUGGCCGUCUCGUUGGCAUCCUGUGGGGCUGCUACUGGUGGGAUGGUCUUUCCUGCCAUUGGAUACUACCUGUUUGACAGUCUGGGCUUUGCAUGGACUGUGCGAUUGAUGGCCUUUAUCAUUGCUAUGAAUGGGCUCGUGGUGUCUGCAGUGACGAGAGCGAGGAUACUGUCACGCAAGUCCAGCCCUUGGUUCGACUUUACUGCAUUUAAAGAACUUUCGUACACCAUGUUCUCGAUUGGGUCGUUCUUUAUCUUCGAGGGGAUUUACUUUGCAUACAUUUACGUGAGACAAUUUGCCCAAUCAAAGACCGACUUUUCCUUUCAGGAAUCUCUUUUCCUGCUUUUCUUGAUGAAUGGCGUGGGACUCCCGAGUCGUGUCUUGGUCGCUUACAUAGCCGACCGCUACCUAGGAGCAGUUAGGACUUGCAUCCUAGUCUCCAUACCCUGUGGAGCAAUGCUGCUCUGCUGGAUCGCAGUCGAUUCACACCAAAGCAUGCUAAUUUGGGCUACUGUUUAUGGAAUUUUUGCCAAUUGCGCGCUAAGUCAGUUGCCGGCGUCCAAUGCGUACUUUGGAGCAAAAAAUCCCGAGAAAUCAGGUACUCGAGUUGGGACUAUUACGACCAUCAACAGCAUACCGCUUUUGACUGGUCCGUAUAUUGCAGGGAAGCUCAUUGCCUUGAAUGGCGGAGACUACUUGUAUGCACAGAUAUUUGGUGGUCUCUGUAUCAUUAUUGGAGCAUUGUUUCUGGUCGGGGCCCAAUGGGCGGACACUCGGAAGCUGAAAUAG